CGAAUUGUAUACUGCAGUAUUUAAAGCGACGUCGUAGCGAUCACAGCGUGAAAACUUCAGCAAAAUCGUUAUCUAGUACUAACACACAAUGUUAAGAGGCGUAAAUCUGAAAAAUCCCAAUCUCAAUAAGAUGCCCUCUGAUUUUCUAUACCAUCUGAACAUCAAUGUGCCCAAUACAGAGGAUACUAGCGAUAUUCAAAAGCGAUUCGGCGAUAUAGUCGCCGUAUGCGCGGGUGGCACUUCGAAGCGUAUGCGGGAGUUGGCUAUUUAUUUGCGUCCCAUAUUGGGCAUAAAGGACGACAGCGAACCUGUUGAUCUAUGCGAAAGUGGACAACGCUAUGCUGUCUACAAGGUGGGCCCCGUCUUAUGCGUCAGCCAUGGUGUCGGCUCCUCAACGUUCUCGGUGGUGCUGCACGAGCUGCUGAAGCUGGUCAAGUAUGCCAAGUGUCAGGAUCCCGUAUUCAUACGCAUUGGCACAUGUGGCGGCGUGGGCGUUGAGCCGGGCACCGUUGUAAUCACCAAGGAUGCGUAUAAUGGUUACUUAAAAAACGAACAUGAGAUUGCCAUUCUGGGAAAGCGUGUGGUGCGACCCGCCAGUUUCCCAGACACACUUUGCCAGGAGAUCCUAAAAUAUGGCGCCAAAUCUGACGAUGGCUUCAACACCAUAAUUGCCAACACAAUGUCCACCGAUUGUUUCUAUGAGGGUCAAGGACGCACUGAUGGCGCUGUGUGUGAAUACAGCGACGAUGAAAAGAUGGAUUUCCUGAAGGAAUGCCAAAAGAAGGGCAUAUGCAACAUCGAAAUGGAGGCCACCAUGUUCGCCUCGCUGACUCAAAAGGUUGGGGUCAGGGCUGCUGAUGUUUGUGUAACGCUCAUUAAUCGCUUGAACGGCGAUCAGGUGUCCAUUACAAUGCACGAAAAGGAAACAUUUGAGCAGCGCCCGUUUUAUAUUGUGGGACGUUAUAUACAGCAUUUAUUACAUUGAAUUCAAUAAAUAUCAUAUAUAUCAAUAAAUAUUAUUCUUAUAUCAUA